AUGGCAGUACCAGGAUAUUACGAACUGUAUCGAAGAAGCACUGUAGGAAACAGUUUAGUCGAUGCAUUAGACACAAUGAUUAGUGACGGUAGAAUAGAGGCAUCACUAGCGAUGCGUGUGCUAGAAACGUUUGAUAGGGUAGUAGCAGAGACUCUCAGGGACAAUACGCAGUCUAAAUUAACAGUAAAGGGGAAUUUGGAUACCUACGGAUUCUGUGACGAUGUUUGGACUUUUAUAGUGAAAAAUUGUCAAGUUACGGUGGAAGGUAGCCAUGAAGGUAGUGGACAUAUGGGUGGUAGCGAUGGUCAAUCUACUAUUGCAGUGGACAAAUUGAGAAUAGUGGCAUGUAAUUCAAAACGUAGUGAAUAA